AUGACCUUGUCUGCCGCAGACUAUCACUGGGAUUCCCUUAUGCGACUAAUGCCAGGUGUUCUACACCAGCGGUUCAGAGAUGCUGGCACUCGAGAUGCGCGGAUUCGCGUCGCACGCGAUGCUGAUCGAUUUGAAUACCAGGCCCGAGGCAGCGCUCACAAUUAUGGACUUUACUGGUGCGACGGUACUCCUUCGGACGAAAUCGAGAAUCUCUCUACUAAGCAGCGCGAACACUUUGCAAAGUUCUGGGGCAUACAUAUCAAGGCAAUCAUGUUCCGUAAAUUCCCAGAGCAGGUCAUUUACAACAAACUCUCACUUAUGUCUCGCUCAUUGGAUGAGAUGGAGAACAAAGCGUCUUUCCUUAACGUUAUCAUCAACCUGGUUCAAAAUCAUUGCCACUUCCCACAGUAUUGCAUGAAAGUUAUUAACAAGGAGACUGGGGAGACUGUGUACAGGUUCAACAUGCCUCGCGAUCCCGCCUCUACGCCUUUCCUAGAGGUGCCAAAGGGCCGGACAUUCUGGAAGUUUAUGCCAGAAUCUAAUAAUGGCAUGCUUAACCCUUACAAUCGCUUAGUAACACUGAGCUGGUUAGCAAACACUGACAUACAGCCAUUUACCGGCGCACGAGCUGUUAUUGAGUGCGUCGGCAAGUAUGCUGCUAAAGUUAAAAAGGCAUCAGUUUCUUAUCAAGAGCUUGUGUCUAAAAUACUGCCGUUUGUUAAUAAAAACAGCCCAUUUCAGUCGUUUGUAUCAAAAGUCAUGAACAAACUCGUUGGGGAGCGCGACUGGUCAUCCCAGCAGGUGAUUACCGGUAAUGUUAACCUUCGUCCUCCAGAGCAGCAUGCUCAGGUUUUCUUUAUGGCAGAUGAUGGAAAUGAGACAGUUCCAGGAACGGGAGCGCAGGCUAAGAAAGGUCAGUCUUUGGUUCCAAAGUACCAAUCCCGUUCAGAGGACCUAGAGAGCAUUCGAUAUAUCGACUUCUGCCGGCAGUACACGCAUGACAACAAUCACCGGUUGCGUCCAAAGGCAAAGGAGCGAGUGCUGAAUAUUUGCCCGCGCUACAACAAGGAGACUGAUGCCGAGGAUUUUGCUCGUGCCAAGUUAAUGCUUCAUUAUCCAUGGCGUGAGGUCAAGGACCUCCUGUACGACGAUAUUGAUGAAGAAGUAAAGAAUGCUUUUGCCAAGGUGUACAGCAACUGUUUCUUAUUCCACAACCAUCAGAAGGAUGGGCUUGAUGACGACGAGGAAACGUUUAAUUUUGACGAUGCCUCGCAAGAUCCAGAGAACGCUCACAUGGAGGCACAGGAUAUUGAGGCAUCUUUCGCAGAACUGGCGGCGCAUCUGCCUGAUGCUUCUGGAACAAAUGUUGAUGAGCCCAAUCAGUUAGGCCGACGUGAUAUAGACGACGUUGAUUGGAACCCUAGAAUCGCCUACGAGGAUAUUGUCAACAAUCCUGAUUUCUGGAAGGACGCGAAGCAACUUCAUAAUGACGAUUAUGAACUUGACGUGGAUGGCAAUUACGAGUCAUGCGAAGACAAGCAGAAGCAGGCAUAUGAUAUUGUUGUCAAUCACUUUACAAAGGAUUUGGAUAACAACGCUGAUCCAUCCUGUACAACUCCAUGA